AUGCGGAGAUCCCUCGCCAGUCUGCUCCUCUGGGGCGCCGGGAUGAUGCGAUCGCUCGCUUGUGCCGAGCAAUGCUCCUAUGGUGACAACCCACAGAUUAUCGCUCACACCGGCGACUCGGUGGGAACGGAAGUGAUUGAAAUACGACGGAGCUGCGAGAACCCUACGGUGGGCGUCGUGUACCUCACGGACGUCUUCGGCAUCCAGCAGGCCGAAAAUAGGCUCCUUGCCGACUCGUUCGCACGAGCGGGCUUCCUCGUUGUUGCGCCAGACAUGUUCAACGGCACGCCGGCUCCCCUGGACUUCAACACACCUGGCUUCAACCAGACGGAGUUCACCCUCCUCCACAGCCCCGCGGACACAGAUCCCAUCAUUGCCAAAGGAAUCGAGUACAUGAAGACGACGGGUGUCUCGAAGGUUGCAGUCACUGGCUACUGCUUCGGAGACCGCUACACGUUCCGUUUCUUGGCCGCCGGCAAGGGCGUCGACGCUGGUUUUGCCGCCCACCCCGCUCUGCUGGAGGACUCCGAGGUGCAGGCCGUCACUCGACCGAUCAGUGUUGCUUUCGCCGAAAACGACACGACGCUGCUGCCCCCAAGACGCAGCGAGAUCGAGGCAUUGCUGCUUGGCACCGCUCAGCCGUACCAGACCAGCCUGUUCGGCGGCGCCUCGCACGGAUUCGGCGUGCGAGCCAACAACUCGGUUCCGGAACAGAAGUUUAGCAAGGAGGCCGCUUUCUACCAGGCCGUCAGGUGGUUCAACGCCUGGGCGGGCGGUGCCUUGUAG